UUUGUUUUGGUGGCGCUAGGCAGUGUGGGAAGGCCGGUGCGGGGAGAGGAAGGGUGGCCACAACGGCGGCUGGACUCCGGUCGGGGGCGUCCGUGGCUGGAUCCAGUGGCCGUCCAGAGGCGAGGCUGCCGAUCUGCAUAACAUCCCACGGGGCGCCUGCCGCCGUCCGCCCUCUGCUCGCGAGAGUAAAAGCAUUGCUGCAAAGACUGGAAUUCCUCUCAUGGCUGUGAUUCAUAACGGAACCUUUCAAGCUGUCUGAAAGCAAAGAGUCUCAAAAAGUCUAUUGCUGUUUCUGCAUUUUCAGUGUCUUCUCAGACACAAUUAACUUUUGUUUCUCUAGCUGUGCCUACACAAACUGGAUUUGUACUGCAGCAUUUGAUGCACACAAAUAUAGCAUGGCUAGGAAAGAAUCAGUUCAUUCAUGGUCUUCAUAUAAAAUGUUCUGAGAAACUUUAACAGACCAUAAACCAUAUUUAACAGACCUUAAACUGUAUCCUUAGAAGUCUUAACUGUUAAAAUGGUUAUUUAUUCAAAGAAAGGGACCACUCUCACCCAGUUUUUUUCAAGAUAGAUAAACCUGUUUUUCCUUGCCAGUUCUCUUAUUAGUUGCAGGUAUGGCAGCUGCUACAAUAGUUCAUGACACUUCCGAAGCAGUGGAGCUCUGUGCUCCUUAUGGGCUUUACCUUAAGCCCAUUACAAAAAUGACCAUCAGUGUAGCACUUCCUCAGUUAAAGCAGCCCGGGAAGUCCAUUUCUAACUGGGAAGUGAUGGAACGGCUAAAAGGAAUGGUGCAAACUCACCAGUUCUCAACUUUACGGAUUUCAAAAAGCACCAUGGAUUUCAUCCGCUUUGAAGGAGAAGUAGAAAAUAAAAGUUUGGUUAAAUCUUUCUUAGCAUGCCUGGAUGGGAAGACUAUCAAACUCAGUGGCUUCUCAGACAUUUUAAAAGUUCGUGCUGCAGAAUACAAAAUUGAUUUUCCUACGCGACAUGACUGGGACUCCUUUUUUCGUGAUGCAAAAGAUAUGAAUGAGACUCUUCCAGGAGAAAGACCUGAUACUAUACAUUUGGAAGGUUUACCUUGUAAAUGGUUUGCACAGAAAGACUCUGGCUCAGAAAAACCAAGUGAAGAAGUUCUUAUCAAGGUGUUUAGUAAGUUUGGAGAUAUACGCAAUGUGGAUAUACCCAUGUUGGACCCUUAUAGGGAAGAAAUGACAGGCAGAAACUUUCAUACAUUCAGCUUUGGAGGCCACUUGAAUUUUGAGGCUUAUGUUCAGUACCAGGAAUAUGCAGGCUUCAUCAAGGCUAUGAACGCUUUACGUGGAAUGAAACUGAUGUUCAAAGGGGAAGAUGGCAAAGCAGUGGCUUGUAACGUAAAGGUUUCAUUUGAUUCAACAAAACACUUGAGUGAUGCUUCCAUUAAGAAACGUCAGCUUGAAAGGCAGAAGCUUCAAGAGCUGGAAAAACAAAGAGAAGAACAAAAACGUAAAGAAAAAGAAGCAGAGGAAAGACAAAAAGAAGAGGAAAGGAAGCAGAAGGAACUUGAGGAACUGGAGAGAGAAAGAAAAAGAGAGGAGAAGUUGCGCAAGAGAGAACAGAAACAGAAGGAUCGUGAAAUUCGUAGAAGCAAGAAAAGGCUUGAAAAACUGCAAGCUGAAGAGCAGAAAAAACUGCAAGAAAAAAUAAAACUAGAAGAGAGGAAGCUUCUUUUAGCUCAAAGAAAUCUUCAUUCCAUUCGACUAAUUGCUGAACUGCUCAGUAGAGCCAAGGCAAUAAAGCUUCUGGAACAAGAACACAAUGAGGAACAAGUCCGUCUUCGGCAGCUGGAAGAGAAGAGGAAGCUGCAAGAAGCUGAACUCCGUCGUGUAGAGGAGGAAAAGGAAAGAGCUCUUGGACUGCAGAGGAAAGAGAGGGAACUGAGAGAAAAAUUGUUGAGCAACCUCAUGAGCAAGAAAACAGAAACAACCCAUUUGAAAAAGAUAGAACUUAAUUCUCCUCCUCUGAAAGUGAUUUCCCACUGCAUCACAUCUACCUCAGCCCAUUCCCUCUUGGCCAGACCCAUUCAGCUAUGUCAAAGCAGCGUACCAGCUAAUGAAAGCAUCCGUCCUCAGCUGAAUUACCUAAAUGGAAGCUUUCAUGAGCCAGUUCACACCAAUGAACAGAAAGUUAAUAACAACAGAGAGACUGUUUCUGAUGAAAGUAGCUCAGGUGUCCUUUCGUGCAUCCCCGUAAAUCAGCAAUACAAGGCUGCAUCAGAACCUGAACAGGACAGAUACAAGAAGGACCUGUUGACUGAACAAGGCAAGUGUAACAGAGAACCAAGUAAGGGGAAAAGUCAUUCAUACAGAGAUGUGCAUAACCAUCAUAGCAAGGAAAAAAAUGAAAAGAACAAACACAGAAGAGACUUGAGCAGCGAGGAUGAAAAAUCCAGAAAAGAUAGGCACCUCCAUAAAAAAUAUGCUGCAAAAAGUAACAGUCCUUGUCAGAGGAGCUUAAGUCGAGAACAUGCACGAGAGAGGCGAUCCUUUAGCAGUGAUAGGGAGCCAGAUAAAAGAGGAUGCAGUCAUGGUCACAAGAGCACAAGCAAGAAACAAAAACACCGGAAGAGAUCUUUGAGCAAUCAAAGAAACUCUUGGAGUAGGUAAUUAAAACGACGGCCUUUUUGUAAGGGCUAUCUCAGGCAGAACUGGAAUGGAUCUUUUUGGGAGAGGGAAAAAACUGAACAGUUAUUUUACUUGAAUAUAGUCUAUGGAGCCAAGAUGCAUAUAACCACGCAUUUUGAAAUUUUUGUGUGUGACUUCUCAUUUUCAACUCUCUGCUGGCUCACUACAGUACCAUACAUUCUGAAUAUUCUUGUUCACACUUUCACUGGCUUUCAUGGUCUUCACUUAUUUCUUCCACUGAGUCUCUUUUUGAGAUAUAAUCACAGCAACCUUUUCAGAAACUGGCAUGGGUAUGCUUUGAGAAGGAAACGUGAACUUGUUAAGGAACUACAUGCUUGACUCAUAAGAACGCAACAGUUCAGUGCAGGAUGUUUUGCUACCUGAGUUGGUGUUAGAUGCAACCAUAAAGGCAAACAAAUUUUUCUAAAGUGCUGCGAUGCCUUCCUGGCUCUUAAGGAAUGUGUAUUUGAUAAUGUGAUCUAGGGCCCAAACCGUCAUGGUGUUUGAUGCUAUUAUACCAUGUUUCAGAGUUCUGUUCCAUUUAAAAACACACUAGGAUUUUAGAGCUUUGGUGAAAGUACACAUAGGGGUUGUAGUAUUUAAUGUUGACUAUUUUGUUCAUAUUCUUGGUUGAAAUACCUGUCUUCAUGCAAUUGCAUAGACAUCAAUCUUUUGAAAGAGGGGCCUUCCUGCUAAAUUAUUUUUACUUGUAAUGUUCAGGUUCAAAGUUGCUAUUUCUCCUGAGUAUGUUUAUAAUAUCUUUGCUUCUGGAAAUGAAGUUCAGGACUUAAAAAAAAAAAAGUUAACAUUGCAGUGCAAAAACCAGCUUUUUUUACCAUCUUGUGGUAAAAUGCAAAAGCCAUUGCCAGUGAACCCUUACUGCUGUUUCAUAUUUUGGUACAUUAAAGAUCUGUACAUUUACUGCAUUAAAUCAGUUUUCAUUUGUGUGUGUUUUUGAUCAUUGCUGGGUUGUACUGAUAACUUCCACUUCAUAUUAAAAUAAUCUUCAUAAGAAGAUCAAGGAAGCUUGAAAAUGUUUUGAGGAAGCCGUCUCUUGGUUCUUUGUCCUCAGUUAUAGAUUGCAUUUGCAAAGUUCUUUGAGGAGAGACUCCAAAGUGCCAGCAAGUGUGAUAGAUAAUGAAUGGGUAGAUCUAAAGCCGUCUGCAGAUGGGAGUGAAUUUGUGCGAGCUGUUUGUUUACUGGCUGCUUCUUCCUCUAGAAUCCCUUGUGCCCCCCUGAAAAUCCAUUUUUUUUUACAAGAGUGAGGAGGAGAAUUCAGCUAAGCCUACC